UCUCCAUCAUCGCCAUCGUAUCGCCGCCCUCCUGCAGGACAGACUCCGCUGCUGUCACCGCUGCCGCCUCCGCCUCCUGUCCCCAACGCCGCCUCCUCAGGGCCAGCAAGAUGCAGUUCGAGAUGCACGACAACGUGAAAGGCAAAGCCAUGUCCUACCCAGUGACCAGUCAGCCCCAGUGUGCCACCAGCUGCUACCAGACCCAGAUCAGCGACUGGCACACCGGGCUCACGGACUGCUGCAACGACAUGCCCCUCUGUCUGUGUGGCACUUUCGCCCCCCUGUGCCUCGCCUGCCGCAUCUCCGACGACUUCGGCGAGUGCUGCUGCACGCCCUUCCUGCCCGGAGGCCUGCAUUCCCUGCGCACGGGCAUGCGGGAGCGCUAUCGCAUCCAGGGCUCCAUCGGGCAUGACUGGGCGGCCCUCACCUUUUGUUUGCCCUGCAGCCUCUGCCAGAUGGCGAGGGAGCUGAAGAUCCGAGAGUAAAGGGUCCCCCCUCCUCCCCCUGGAAUGCUGCCUCCUCUGCCCCUCCUGGGAGGGCCUGCCCCUCCGCCUAUCCUGACACCAGAAGUACACCCACAAUAAAAACCUGAAAACCA